AUGGCGGCGACAGAGCCGCCAGUGAAUGAGGAUCCGGGAAUGCUCGAUCCGGCUGUGGACCAGGUUGACAGUGACCUGGACGCGGACGGAGAGGAGGAAACCGACCUGUACCACAUGGACCAACAGCUUCAAGACGCAGUGCACCGAGCGUACACCGGAGAAGUAGCCGAAGAAGAUGGCAACGAUGAGGCACACUCGGGCAAGAAGGGCGUGCAGGAAGGUGGCGACGAUGACGAUGAGACCGAACCAGUCGGUGCUGUGAAGGGUUUAGAUCAUGAUGGGUCGUCGGAAGCCGAAUCUGGAAUUGCUGAUGCGGAAGGAGAAGCAGACUCUGCAUUUGAAGACGACAAUGACCGAGAUGCAUCCGAGUCUGAUUCGGCACCAGAAGAGGAGGAGGAGGAAGGGGACUGGGAAGCAGAGAGUAACGGACCUGAAGAUGAAGAAAUCGAUAAUCGCAGUCGUGUGAUAUGCAUCUUUUGCAGUCAAGACGAAGAACACGACCCAGGUGAGGAUUUCGAGGAAUGGCUCACAUGUACUAGUUGUGGCGAUCACUCCCGUUUUUCACUGGUUGCUGACUCGGCAUCCCGACAGCUCAUCGGCAAUGCGCUCGCGAUCAAGAAGCAUUUGGUGAUUCAGAAGAUCCCUGGAAAUGUCUUCCUUGUCGUGACAAUCGACCCAUCUCUAACCAUGCCGAGACUCGGACGCCAAACGCUAGGGGCGGAGCCCCCCUAUCUCAAGAAGGAGCUCAUGCCGGCCCAUGCGGGAAAGGAGGGUUCCGAUUUUCAUUCCAUUUUCGACACCAACAUUAGCGACGAGUUAUUGAACAGCUCGCGAUCAUUACGCAAGAGGAAGGCUUCAUCUGCUGAUGCCGACGAGCAUGUCCCGGUGCUUAGAAAGCGACGACGACAAACAGAUCACCCGGAUGAAAACGAAGUCCCUCUUCAGAAUGGCGGUGAUGUAGCCACUGAAGAAUCCCGGUCGGUGCGCCCAAGACGAACCCGCGGAGUCGAGCGAGAACAUUGCCGGAUAGUGUCCAAGCAAUUUCACAAACUCGUCGUGGGAUUCCGGCUGGACGAAAACAAAGUCACUCGGAUUCUCAGUACACAAAGCCGACCGAAGCGCAGUCAUAAAAAGAAAGUCCCGAAGCCCGCGUCCGCGUCCCAAGAACUCCAAGCUCAUUUCGCCCCGAUUCCUCCUGCUCCCCACAACUACUUUGCUCCUUUCAAUGACCGAGACAGUGAUGAGACUAAGAAGCCAUACGGUGGCAUCUUGUCCGAAGUCGAAGCAGAUACAACAAAGACUCUGCCCUUACAGGGUGACCGCGAAAAGUUUGAGUCGGCCCGUCAAAAAGCUGAAGAAGAAUGGCAGCGCCGGGUACGAGAAGCAGAGCUGAAUGGCGAAGCGGCGCCGACUGCAUCAGCCAAGGUGUCUGGUCCACCUUCCAAGAUCAAGCACAUCAACUUUGGUGGCUACGAGAUCGAGACCUGGUACGCUGCACCCUACCCGGAAGAGUAUAGCCGCAAUCGGGUACUUUAUAUCUGUGAAUUCUGCCUCAAAUACAUGAACUCGGAUUAUGUCGCUUGGCGACACAAGCUCAAGUGCCCUGCCAAACACCCACCUGGCGACGAGAUUUAUCGUGAUGGCUCAAUCUCGAUAUUCGAAGUUGACGGAAGAAAGAACCCCGUCUACUGUCAAAAUCUGUGUCUUCUUGCCAAACUAUUCCUCGGCUCCAAGACCCUUUACUACGACGUUGAACCAUUCUUGUUCUAUGUCAUGAGCGAGUACGACGAUCUUGGGUGUCACUUUGUCGGCUAUUUCAGCAAAGAAAAGCGUCCAAGCUCGGCAAACAAUGUCUCGUGUAUUCUUACCCUCCCCAUCCACCAACGGAAAGGCUACGGCAACCUCCUCAUCGACUUCUCAUAUCUUCUCACCCGCAUCGAAGGCAAAAGCGGCUCCCCUGAGAAGCCCCUCUCUGAUAUGGGUCUUGUCUCCUACCGCAACUAUUGGCGUCUAAUCCUAUCCUACCAACUUCGAGACCUCAAAACACCCAUCAGUAUUGCAGACCUCUCCGACCGUACAGGCAUGACCGCCGAUGAUCUUGUUUCUGCACUCGAGGGACUCCGUGCUCUUGUGCGGGAUCCUGUCACGAAAACCUAUGCAUUCCGUCUCGAUACCAAGUACUUCGAGGAGGUCAUCCAAAAUUGGGAGAGCAAAGGUUAUGUCACACUAAACCCGGACGCAUUGCUCUGGACGCCUUACAUCAUGGGCCGGAACAACCAGACUCAUUUCGACCGCGCUCCUCUUCACGCUGUUGCACCCCGAGAAGAUAUUGAGGAGGAGGAAGAGGAAGAUGAAGAGUCAGAAACAAAAGCGAAUGGGACCAGUGACGAAGAGCCAGCUGUAAAUGGGGUUAAUGCAGACAGCUUCGGGGAUUCCGCCGGUCCUCCCUCUACUGCACUCAUGCAAACAAAUGGCAUACAUGAGCCUGAGCACACUUUGGCUCCUGUCCCGAACCCUGCCGCCGGUAUCCCAGCAUCACGAUUUGAACUUUGGCCUCCCGUGCAUGUUCCUCCGGCGUCUAAGCGCAAACCCGGUCGUCCACACGGCGCUAAACUAAGUUCUCGGCCUUCAAUGACCCCGACAGCUACUCGAACUAGUGGUCGUAAUACUCCUCGACGACCGUCAGGGCUGCCACUUUUCACUCCUACAGGCAACACCCCGAUGCGCCGCGGUCGCAGCGCGAAGAUGCCAGACCCAGAGGCAACUUCCAUUCAAACUAACGGCGUCGACCUUGACGAGGACGAAGUCAUGGACGAGGAGGCCGUGCUAGACCCAAGCCCCGAAGAUCUUGGUCUUGUAUUGGAUGAGACCUCGGAAGGCGGGAAGGCAACCGGGCAGGUCAAUGGGGUAGCUGAUGAGGAUGUGGAUGAGGAUGAGGAUCCCGACGCCGAAGGGGAGCCUGAGGAAGCGAUUGAAACAAAUGGGGUUGAAUACGACGAACCCGCAAUCCAGCAACCACCCAAAACUCCCAAGAAGUCCAAUUCGAAAACGAAAUCCCAGUCCCCUGGCACAGCAGUUUCACAGCGUGUCCGGGGAAAACAGUCCGACAAUCAUUCCAAAACUCCGCAAUCAGUCAGUCGAAAGGCACUUGUCGAGAAGGUCCAAGUAGUUAUACCUGCGGAACCUGGGUCAGCCGACAGGAAAGCGGCCAAGGCUGCCGUUAAUACCAAUACCAAUAACAACACCAACACCAAUACCAACGGCAUUGAUCCAGACAUGGAUGCCGAAGGUGAAGACGACCCAGACGCUGAUGGCGAAUACGAAGUAGACGGCGACGUGGUGAUGGGGACAUGA